UUGAAUUCUGCGUGAAGCCAACGAUUCAACGAUUUUUUUGUUGAUGAUCGUGAAAACAAAUUAUUUUGAAAAUUGUGUAUUUAGUGUAAGAUAUACGCAACUGCGUUGUGUAUAAGAUUUGUGCAUAAAUUGUAUGUUGAGUGCGAAAUUAUGACGUCGGAAAAGCCAAGCAGAAAGGACAAAAAUCAGAACAUUCAAGUGUUCGUUCGACUGAGACCACUGAAUCAGCGAGAACGAGACAUCAAGUCGCUGGGAGUGAUCGAAGUGGUAAACAACCGCGAGGUGGUCGUCCGACAGUCACAGCAGACCUCCCAUACGAAAAAGUUCACAUUUGACCGAGCUUUUGGCCCUCAUGCGAAACAGGUCGAGGUGUACCAAGAGGUGGUGAGCCCUCUGAUCGAGGAGGUCCUAGCCGGGUACAACUGCACAGUGUUCGCUUAUGGACAGACCGGCACGGGCAAGACCCACACCAUGGUGGGGGAGAAUACCGGGGACGAAACCACUUGGCAGAAUGACCCACUAGCCGGUAUAAUCCCCCGAGCCCUCAGCCAGCUAUUCGACGAGCUCCGUAUAUCAAACACGGAGUACACCGUCCGGGUGUCGUACCUGGAACUGUACAACGAAGAGCUGUUCGAUCUGCUCUCUACCUCCGAAGACAACUCCAAACUGAGGAUCUACGAAGACGUUACGAGGAAGGGAUCUAACAUUGUUAACGGCUUGGAGGAGAUUACGGUAUACAACAAAAAUGAAGUAUACAAGAUCAUGGCCCAAGGACAAGAGAGGAAGAGAGUCGCUUCUACGCUCAUGAAUGCGCAAUCUAGCCGCUCGCACACAGUGUUCACCAUCGUGGUGCACAUGAAGGAGAACAGCCCCGAGGGUGAGGAGCUCGUCAAGAUCGGCAAGCUCAAUCUGGUGGACUUGGCCGGCUCAGAGAACAUCAGCAAGGCGGGCUCCGACAACCCGGCGAAACGCGAGCGUGCACGAGAGUGCGUCAACAUCAACCAGUCGCUGCUCACUCUCGGCCGGGUCAUCACUGCGCUGGUGGAGCGCCACCCGCACAUCCCCUACCGCGAGUCCAAACUCACACGCAUCCUGCAAGAGUCCCUCGGCGGACGCACCAAGACUUCCAUCAUUGCCACCAUCUCGCCAGGACACAAGGACCUGGAGGAGACCAUGAGCACAUUAGAAUACGCUCACCGCGCCAAGAACAUCCAGAACAAGCCAGAAGUCAACCAGAAGAUGACCAAGAAGGCCAUUCUUAAAGAGUACGCCGAGGAGAUUGAUAGGUUGAAACGAGAUCUGCAGGCCGCGAGGGAUAAGAACGGUGUGUACCUAGCCAGCGAUACCUUCGCCGAGAUGACGCUCAAACAGGAGGAGCAGCGCAAGGAAAUACAGGAGCUGCUCCUCAAGAAGCGCGCCAUGGAGGAGGAGCGCGACAAGCUCGGCACCGUCUUCCAGGACAUCAACCAGAAGCUGGAGCACGCUGGACACCAGCUCAACGACACCAAGAACCAGCUACAUACGACCAAGGCCAAGCUCGCUGACACUAAUAAUGUGCUGCAAACGACGAAGCUUCGGUUCGAGGAGCAACGCCACCUGGUGGUCGCUCAGCAGCAGACCGAGGCCGCGUUGGGGGCGCAGGCGCGCGCGCUUCUGGCCGCCGCCGACGCUGCAAGCAAACACGCUUCAGCGCUUCACGAUACCGUCGACAAGCGCAGGAGUGUGGAAUCAACCAACCUAGAAGUGACGCAGACAUUCCGCGCGGAGUCGGCGCAACAGCGCGAGCAAAUAGCCGCCGGCGCACAGCACUUCACCGACUCACUGCUGCAAACUCUCAACGGGCUACACUCCACGCUUGACAACUUUACUACGAAUACAGUAGAAGCACAAGACCAGAAUAAGAACAAGUUGACCGAAUUAGUGCAGAAACUAGUCGACGCUACAGCUGAGAUUAAAACCCUCACAGCAACAGCCCAAGACAGCUUCUCCAAAGCCGCCGAGAACCACCGCGGCCAGUUGCAACAAGCGCUACUAGUCCACACGCGCGACCUAGAACACUUCAUCAACUUGUUCGUAUCCGCGUUAUGGGCGCACACGCAUCGGAUGAAGGACGUAGAGAUAGCUAAAGACAUUGAGAAGUUUGUGGAGGAGUGGUACCCGUCGGCAGCGAGUCGCGUGGCCGCUUUACGCAGCGUGCAGGCGGCGGCGGCGGCGAACGCACGCGGAACAGAAACGGAACGCAGCGCCGCCGCCCGCCGCCGCCGGAACGCACGCCGCGCCGCCGCCGCUGCUCGAGCGAGUCGCGCGCAGGCUUGCAUCCAGGAAAUCGAAGCUGAAAAAGAAGAAAUUCAGAAACGUUUAUCAAAACAACUAGCCGAAAUAGAAACAGAACGACAGGAGACCGAGUCCCGUCUCAACCAGUGGAUGGAAGAAGAGAGAAGACUGCUAGAAGAACGCCUGGCGCGCCACGUGGCCGCCGAGAAGAAAGCGCUAGAAGACCGACUGAGCAGGAAAGUUCUAGAAAUCGAACAGGAAAAGAAUCUUCUAGAAGAGAGGAUAAACAGACAUGUGAUGUGGCAGCAGAGUCAGUUGGAAGCGACCAAAGAAGACAUGGACAGUGCCGAUCAAGCUUUAGAAGAACAGGACAGUGAGAAGGAACAGGCCGAGAAGAAUCUGAGCAAGUUCGUCAACGAGUUCAAUGCCUUGGCGAGCGAGGUGCAGUCCGACAUGGAAUGGUUCAGUGGCGCGGUGGUGGCACGCGUGGCCACCGCCACGGAACACUUCAUCCGCUUCCAGGAAGAAAACGCAUAUAAGAUUGACCAAGAAGUAAAGCAACUGGUGCAGACUGACAAGGAAUCCACCGCUAAGCUGACUGCCGACAGCGACCAAACGCUCGCCGCCGUCACGCGCGGCACACAACAGACGCUGGCUUCCGUCGUGGAGGUUGCCGAGAAACACAACAACCUAACAGCCGACGAACUGAAUUCGCUAGCCGCCUCGCUCUCCCAGCUGACGUCAUCAUCCACCGCGCACUUGGCUGCGCAAACGCGGACCUUGGAGGCUGUGCAGCACGAGGCUGUUGGCUUCGGGGCUUCACUACGAAGUGCGCUGGACAGGCAUCAGCAGUUAGAGGCCAGAUACCUCAUGCAGGAGUAUAGGCUGACGUCAUCUUCCACCGCGCACUUGGCUGCGCAGACGCGGACCUUGGAGGCUGUGCAGCACGAGGCUGUUGGCUUCGGAGCUUCAUUGCGAAGCGCUCUGGAGAGACACCAGCAGCUCGAGGCCAGAUACCUCAUGCAAGAGUACAGGGUGUACUCGCCUACAGUGCGCCGCCAAGUUUGCUUGGAGGCCAGAUACCUCAUGCAGGAGUACAGGGUCUACUCGCCUACAGCCGCCUCGCUCUCCCAGCUGACGUCAUCUUCCACCGCGCACUUGGCUGCGCAGACGCGGACCUUGGAGGCUGUGCAGCACGAGGCUGUUGGCUUCGGAUCUUCGUUACGAAGUGCGCUGGACAGGCACCAGCAGCUCGAGGCCAGAUACCUCAUGCAGGAGUAUAGGGUCUACUCGCCUACAGCCGCCUCGCUCUCCCAGCUGACGUCAUCUUCCACCGCGCACUUAGCUGCGCAGACGCGGACCUUGGAGGCUGUGCAGCACGAGGCUGUUGGCUUCGGGGCUUCACUACGAAGUGCGCUGGACAGGCACCAGCAGUUAGAAGCCAGAUACCUCAUGCAGGAGUACAGGGUCUACUCGCCUACAGCCAUCUCGCUCUCUCAGUUGACGUCAUCUUCCACCGCGCACUUAGCUGCGCAGACGCGGACCUUGGAGGCUGUGCAGCACGAGGCUGUUGGCUUCGGGUCCUCGCUACGAAGCGCGCUGGACAGGCACCAGCAGUUAGAAGCCAGAUACCUCAUGCAGGAGUAUAGGGUGUACUCGCCUACAGUGCGCCGCCAAGUUUGCUUGGAGGCCAGAUACCUCAUGCAGGAGUAUAGGGUCUACUCGCCUACAGCUAUCUCGCUCUCCCAGCUGACGUCAUCUUCCACCGCGCACUUAGCUGCGCAAACGCGGACCUUGGAGGCUGUGCAGCACGAGGCUGUUGGCUUCGGGGCUUCACUACGAAGUGUGCUGGACAGGCACCAGCAGCUCGAGGCCAGAUACCUCAUGCAGGAGUACAGGGUCUACUCGCCCACAGGUCAGUAA